AUGAGGACAUGUAGCUUUUGGAGCUUCCAAGUGUUGCGACAAGCGCCACAACCAAUAUGCACCGAGCUCCUCUACCAGCCGCUCACCCUUCUCGACUGCCUCCAUACCUUGUGCGGAGCCUGUCUUCGGGAAUGGUUUACUUUCCAAGCUGCCGCCGCCGAGCGGGCUCCUACCCCGCCAUCACCUGGCGACAACAUCUUUACGUGCCCGUCCUGCCGAAGCCCCGUGCGGGACACCAAGCACAAUGCCACCGUCGUCACGCUGCUGGAAAUGUACGUGGCAGCGAACCCCGCCAAAGCCAGGUCCGAAGCAGACAAGGAGGAGAUGGGCAAAAAGUACAGGCGAGGCGACCAGGUGUUCCCAGAGGUGGCCACUCGCAAACGCACGGCGGAGGAGAGGCGAGUGGAAGAUGAGGAUCAAAGGUUGCUCGACGUGGUGAGGCAGAUGAGCUUGCGAGAAGCCACCUCGAGCGUCGCGCAAUCGCCGGGGACCCGGAGACGCCGAGAUAGCCGCUCUGCAGACCAUCGUUUCCAGCCCAGCAGGACCUACAGCUCCGACGGCCGUCCGCGCCGCAGGAGGGAAGGAGAUCAGCACCCGCGGGUCGACAACGCAGCUAGCCGCAGUUCUGAUCAGAUCCCCGACGUCAGAGAAGGACGGCGCAGAAAUUCCAGCGAAACACGCCAGCCACGCCAGGUCGAGCACCAGUCGUCGUUGCGUUCCCUCAUUGGAUCUGGAUCCACGAAUGAACGAGACAUUGAGAGGGAAAUUGAAGACUUUGCUCGGCAGAUCCAAGAGGAGGGCCUGCUCGACGGCCUCGACUUGGACAACAUUGACCUAAGCCGGGACGAUGAGCUGAGUCGACGCAUCACCGAAGCGUAUCGUCGCAGACAACGAGAGCGCGCUCGGCAGGAACCCACCAGGAGGAGCAACAACACGGCACAAAACGGCUCAUCUCGGACGGCAAACCCGCCUUCUGUCGAUGCGAGGCGUCGAGGAGCCCCGACCGGGAGCCGAGCCGGCAGCCGCACCCGAACCGAGUCACGGUCGGCCAGCGGGAACAGCCAAACGGAGGAUCGGAGCAGACCGCCGCCAUCGAACGCGGCGAGCCUAGAAGGGCGAGCUGCACCUGGCAGGACUAGAAGGAGGGCGGCCAGCAGCAGCCGGAGCGGCACAAACGCGGCAUUCGCGGCAGAGUCCGAGAUGAGGCUAACGUCUCGUUCGCAAACGGACAUCACCUUGCGAACCCAGCCGGCCGACCCUACAUUAUCACGGCAUAGUUCUAGUGAGUCUCGGAGCACGGGCACCCCUUCCGUGAUGGCAUCUUCGGACCUUGCCGGCGAGCGAACUGCACCAGUGAGCGUGGGACAGAACGCAUCCUUUGCAAGUCGUGUUCCGAUGUGGAACCCAUCCGUUGCGGAUGCUCUGUCGGACUUUUCAGAACUUCACCAAGCGACGGGAGCAACAGUUGCGCGGCCAUCGCCAACCAAGACGCAGCAGCCCGCCGAACCGGCUGCCGCUCACUCUGCCGCAUCGAGCUCCGCAAGAGGCGCGGCAAACACCGAUCCUGGUCAUCAUCGAACACGAUCCCAGCUGUAUACGGAGCCGUCCAUUACUUGUGCGAGAUGCAACAAGCCUCAUAUCGAGUAUGACUUGCAUUACAACUGCGGCGAAUGUGCUGGUGGUCAGUGGAACCUGUGCCUCGAUUGUUACCGUGCCGGCAAAGGGUGCCUCUAUUGGCUCGGAUUUGGCCAUGGUGCCUGGACGAGAUGGGAAAAGGCGCGACAGCAGGAUAAAAAUCUGGAGCGGCCUCACAUGCUGACGGCGAACCGAUACUUGCCGCCGCCGUCAGUACAACGAGGAGGCGACGGGCGAGCGACGUGGACCGACGACGAUCCGAAAGGCAGGCUAGAGACGGGGACGUUUUGCGCAAAGUGCUUCGUGUGGACCAACAGCUGCUUCUGGCGCUGCGACGACUGCAACGAGGGUGACUGGGGUUUCUGCAAUGACUGCGUCAACCAAGGCCGAUCGUGCACCCACAGGCUGUUGCCUCUAACCCACGAGGCCUCGCAGCGACCAAGCCGGCCCGGGAGCCCGCGGUCGGCCGAGAAGCCAACGAGCGCGGCGAUAUUUACCGGCCCACAGGCGUCCAGCAUAGGGCCGUUCAAACCGCUCACAUUCCGGACGCGAUGCGACCUCUGCCGAGAGUCGAUACCUCCCACCCAGGUCAGGUACCACUGCUUCAGCUGCUCGAGCGCCUUGGUUCCGGAUGCGCCUCCCGGGGACUACGACAUUUGCACGUCCUGCUACGGAAACCUUGUCGCUCAAGGAAAAAUCAGCAGCGAAAACGGCGACUUGGGGUGGCGAAGGUGUCUGAACGGGCACAGAAUGGCCGUCGUAGGCUUUGCCGAUGGCAGGGUUGGCCAGUGGAGGUACGUUGAGCGAGACGUUGUGGGAGGCCGCACGCUUCGGGCGGAACCCUUUGAGGGCUCCGAACAGCAUCAAGGCCAGGGAUUGCAGAUCUGGUCUUGGCACAAGGGCGACGAGAAAUUGAAGCGCCUUGCCACUCGCGACGUAUCCGCGACGGCGCCCCGAGCUGUCGCUUCGACCACCUUUACCGCCGCCUUUCCUCCGGACGGGGGGCCGGGGUUGAGAGCGCAGGCCUUGUGGACGUGGCAUUCAACCUCGGAGGCCGACGACGAACUGCCCUUUCCAAGAGGUGCCGAGAUACGGGAGGUCGAGGACGUCAACGGUGACUGGUUCUUCGGCGUGUACAUGGGAGCCAAGGGGUUGUUUCCGGCCCCGUGGAGAUUGCGAGCAAACUUGGCCAUCAUGUUCCGACAAAGCGCCCGGAAGCUGGCGAUUGCUGCGGCCAAAGCCGCCGAACCGACGGCACACACUCUUGCCGUGUCCAAGGCGCAGGGUAUCGCCAAGGGCCUCACGGGAGGCAAGUUUGCUUCGGCCCUCUCGGACGAGACCGGUUGCGAGAUCCUCGGCAAGGCAGAGUUUAUGAACCCUGGCGGCUCCGUCAAGGAUCGCGCGGCGCUCUACGUGGUCCGGGACGCCGAGGAGCGUGGCCUGCUGCGGGCCGGCGGCACCGUCGUCGAGGGCACCGCCGGGAACACGGGCAUCGGGCUCGCCCACGUCUGUCGCUCGCGCGGUUACAAGCUCGUCAUCUACAUGCCGGACACGCAGUCCCAAGGCAAGAUCGACCUGUUGCGGCUUCUCGGCGCCGAGGUGUACCCCGUACCGGCCGUUGCCUUUGACAACGCCGAGAACUACAACCACCAGGCCCGGCGGCACGCCGAGAGGCUCGAAAACGCCGUCUGGACGAAUCAGUUUGACAACACGGCGAACCGGAGGGCCCACGUCGAGACGACGGGACCCGAGAUCUGGGCCCAGACGGGUGGAACCGUCGAUGCUUUCACCUGCGCGACGGGCACCGCCGGCACCCUCGCUGGCGUCACUCGCCAUCUCAAGGAGGUGUCGGGCGGCCGCGUCAAGAGCUUCCUCGCCGACCCGCCCGGGAGCGUGCUGCAUUCCUACAUCAGCUCCGGCGGCAAGCUCGUGGAGCGGACAGGGUCGAGCAUCACCGAGGGCAUCGGCCAGGGUCGCAUUACCGACAACCUGCAAGCCGACAUUGGUCUCCUCGACGGCUCGCUCUUCAUCUCGGACGAGAAGAGCAUCGAGAUGGUCUAUCGCUGCCUCGACGAGGAGGGACUCUACCUCGGCGCAAGCUCCUCCCUCAAUGUUGUCGCGGCCAAGGAGGUCGCCGAGAAGCUGGGCAAGGGCCACACGGUCGUGACCAUGCUGUGCGACGGCGCCUACCGGUAUGCCGACCGUUUAUUCUCCCGCAAGUGGCUCGAGGAGAAGAAGCUCCUGGGCGCAGUCCCCGAGCACCUGACAAAGUACAUUGUGCUGCCGUAG